AUGGCGGACUAUGCCAAUGUUCGUGUGGUGUCGGGCCGUGCAGCUAAAAUUUUGGCAUUAAUACCUAAAGAAUACGCCGAGUCUGAGACAAGUGAACGUUCAGCUGAUGAAAACGAAUUGCAUGAAAGUAGUGCCGCAAGUUCAAAUGCUUCAUCACCAGCACCUUCUUUGGCAUCUUCUUUAGAACGUCUCAAUAUAUCAACUAGUUCCGAAUAUGAGCAAGCAAUACCAAACCACCACCCAGAAUUGCACUCAAUACAAGAAAUGGAUGUUCCUCUAACACCCAUUAUGCAAGAAGUCAUAGACGAAGAAAACUAUGCAAAUGUUCCAUCUAUCUCAUCAAUUCCAUCCUUGCCAACACCAAACACUUCACGAAAAACCCGUUCUAGGCGUCCUCAGGUCGUUAGCAAAAGACGUAAAGUAGUCAAGAAGUUUUCAUUAAAUUACACAUGGCGGCGAGCAUUUUUACAACAUAGAGCUGAAAUAGAAACAACAAAUGAAAAUGACGAGUACGUAGAUAUUGGUUUAAAUGAGACAGUGUUAGACUAUUUCAUGAAAUUCUUUUCAGAAGAUAUUUUCUUGGACAUUGUCAGCGAAACCAACAUGUAUUCUGUGCAGAAGUCGGGAAAGUCCAUUGAUUUGUCUGUUGACGAGUUUCGCGACUUCUUGGCAAUCAAAAUAAUGAUGGGUAUAGUUGUGAUGCCGUCUUAUCUCGACUACUGGUCAAAGCAAUUUAGAUAUGCUCCAAUAGCAGACCUCAUGAGCCUGAAAAGAUACCAACAAAUACGUCGUUAUUUACAUUUUGCUGACAUAAAUUUUGAAAAUUCUGAUAGGUACUAUAAAGUGCGACCCGUAGUUGAAAAAAUAAAGAAAAACUGCUUGGCCGAGGAAACAGAAAGAAGUUUUAGCAUAGACGAACAGAUGAUUCCGUAUAAAGGGACUAAAGCUGGGAAACGUCGCCAGUAUAUGAAGGACAAGCCUAAUAAGUGGGGCUUUAAAAACUACGUGCGAGCUGGUCCAAGUGGAAUGAUUUACGAUUUCAUACUGUACGGGGGCGAAGACACAUUUCGGUUUCACAAAUUUGCCGACGAUGAAGCGACAUUGGGGUUCGGUGCACAAAUUGUACUGGCUCUCUGUCAAUCGAUAAAAAGAAGGCCAUCUACUGUAUGUUUUGACAACUUCUUUUCAUCACCUGAGCUUGUCUACAUCUUACGUCAAAAAUAUGGCAUUUUUUCACUUGGGACCAUUCGACGUAACCGAUUGAGAGGAGCUGACGAAAAACUGGUUACUGAAAAACUGCUGAAAAAGAAACCACGUGGUAGUUUCUCUCAAGUAGUCUGCAAUUCCAACAAAUUGGCAGUUUUACGAUGGAACGACAAUAAAAGUGUGACGUUUAUAAGUUCCUAUGUCGAACCAGUGCAAAAAAUAAAACGGUACUGUAAAAUUGCCAAAGCCAAGGUUGAUGUCGAUUGCCCCAACAUGAAAUACAUCGUCUGA